CCUCGCUGAAUCCAAAUGCUCAAAACUUCUCUCUGUUUUCAUCUCUUCCAAUUGUUCUUCGCCUUCCAUUUUCCUUCUCAAUCUCUCCAUGAGUUAACUGCUACUCUAUGAUCUCUGUGACCUUCCCCAAUGGGUUGCGUUCUUGGCAGACAAGUCGCCAAUGAUUCCCGGAGCCCAUCCAGACCUCCCCGUCGCCGUCGGAGCACUGAUCACCACUCUCAUGUCGACGGAGUUAAUGGCAAGAGUGUUAUGGAACAGAGGAUAUCGGCAGAAAAACAAGGAGUUAGGCAGGAUGUGGAUUCCUUGUCUGUAGAGCACCGGAGGCCUUCACCGAGUAUUUGUCAGAGAAAUGAGCAAGGCUGGCCGGCGUGGUUGCUAGAGGUUGCCGGUGAGGUGAUGGAAGACUGGACGCCUCGUCGAGCUAAUACAUUUGAGAAGCUUGCUAAAAUAGGGCAAGGGACGUAUAGCAAUGUGUACAAGGCGAGGGAUCUUAUUACCGGCAAAAUUGUUGCUCUGAAGAAGGUCAGGUUUGAUAAUUUAGAACCGGAGAGCGUAAGAUUUAUGGCCAGAGAGAUUUUGGUUCUGAGACGCCUCGAUCAUCCCAAUGUGCUUAAGCUUGAGGGCUUAGUUACUUCCAGAAUGUCGUGUAGUCUUUACUUAGUGUUCGAGUAUAUGGAACACGACCUCGCUGGACUUGCUGCCGGACAAGGAGUCAAGUUCACGGAACCUCAGGUUAAAUGCUACAUGAAGCAAUUAUUGUCUGGGCUUGAACAUUGUCACAAUCGAGGAGUUUUGCAUCGUGAUAUAAAGGGUUCCAAUUUGCUAAUUGACAACGAAGGAAUACUUAAAAUAGCUGAUUUUGGGUUAGCUACUUUUUUUGAUCCUCAACAGAAGCAACAUAUGACUAGUCGAGUAGUAACCCUUUGGUACCGUCCUCCUGAACUAUUGCUUGGAGCUACUCUUUAUGGUAUAGGGGUUGAUCUUUGGAGUGCUGGCUGCAUCUUGGCCGAGCUGCUCGCUGGGAGGCCAAUCAUGCCAGGAAGGACAGAGGUUGAACAACUCCAUAAGAUAUUUAAAUUGUGUGGUUCUCCAACGGAGGAUUACUGGAAGAAAUACAAAUUGCCGAAUGCAACUCUUUUUAAACCCCAACAUCCAUACAAACGCUGCAUUGCGGAAACAUUCAAGGAUUUUCCAUCUUCUUCUCUACCUCUCAUCGAAUCUCUCCUUACAAUGGACCCUGAUGGGCGAGGUACUGCCUCUGCUGCUCUCAAUAGCGAAUUCUUCACUACCAACCCUCUUGCUUGUGAACCAUCAAGUCUGCCUAAAUAUCCUCCAUGCAAAGAAUUGGAUAUAAAGUUGAGAGAUGAGGAGGCUAGAAGGCGAAGAAGACUAAGUGGUAAAGCANGAAUUUUUUUUUUUUAA